AAAACGGACUAUAUAAAGCAAAGUAGAAAAUCGAAAUGCACAUUAAACAACAUGAUGAAGCUUAUUCUCUUCGCAACACUCUUCGUGGCGGCUCUUGCCGGGAAGCCCUAUCUAGGUUUCAAUUUACCCUUAUUUUCUCCACGUAUCGUUGGUGGAUUAGAAGCAAACAAAGGUGAAUUUCCCUAUCAAGCAUCCUUGCAAUGGGGUAUAACUUCUCUUAGUACUAAACACUUCUGUGGUGGAUCGAUCUUAAACGAGAGAUGGAUUCUAACUGCUGGACAUUGUAUUAACGCUGUUCCAAGUUUCGGAACAUUCUGUGUGAAAGCUGGAAAGCAUAACCUUCGUUACUCCGAGAGUAACGAACAAACUGUUGAAGUAGAGAAGUCUAUCGUACAUGAAUACUACCCAGGUGGUGUUGCUCCUUACGACAUAGCUCUGAUAAAACUAAAGACAUCUUUAAAAGAAAGCAAAUCAGUAUCCUUCAUCAAGUUACCAAAAUAUGGAGAUAUACCAAAAGAUAAUGUCACUCUCAGCGGUUGGGGAUCAGUAUCGAAUACUUCUGUCGCAAAGAUGCCCGAUGUUUUACAAAAAGCGAUUCUUCCAACUGUCGAUCUUGUUGAAUGUAAAGAAGCAUUAUAUAAAAUAAUUGGACCAUCGCCUCUUCACGACACCAACGUUUGCACUGGUCCCUUGACCGGCGGAUAUUCAGCUUGCAGUGGUGAUUCUGGUGGCCCCCUCGUUCAGAAUUCUACUGUAAUUGGUAUCGUUUCUUGGGGUAUCAUACCAUGUGGUACUUAUGGUGCGCCAUCUGUCUAUACGAGAGUUUCUGCAUUCACUGAUUGGAUCGAAGACAAGAUUAAUAACAAUUAAUAUUUCACUGGAUACUUUUAAUAAAAUACUUCCAACCGAUCACUUUCACUUUCGCUAAUAACUUUUUUUCUGCAAUAAAGAAAUUUUUAAACAUUUA